UCCAAAGUGAGAGCCUUAAACAGCUAAGAAACACCACCACCUAUUUCUUCGUUCUGUUUUUACACUCUUUUCUAUUUUUUUUCUUCAAUUUUCUUUCUUUUCCCUAUAUUCUAGGGUUUUAUUCUUGUCCCUUCUCUUCUUUCUUCAUUCUUUCUCUCUCAAUUUCAGAUCCUUUUUCUAUCUCUAUAUUACAUUCACAUUCAUCUACAAAAAUCCCUUUUUUUCUUCAAUUUUACCCCCUUUUGAUUUCCCUUCAUAAUUCAUCUAAAAAUUUGAUUUUUUUUCAUUAGACAAGCUUAGUCUUGAAACAAUUUCAGCUCAAUUUCAUCAAAGUUUCAAUCUUUUUGAUGAUAUCAAAAAAGGGUUUUUUAUUUUUUUUUCAAUGACCCAUAAAUUUGAAUUUUGAAUCUAACCCUUUUUUGAUUAAAUCUUGAUUAGCCCAUUUUGUGUUUGAUUAAAAAUUCAACUUUUUUUCACCUAAUCUUAAUGACCCAGUUCCUCUAAAUAGACCAAUUCAUGGUUGUGUUUCAAAUUUGACAAGGUCCUAAAAAGACAAUAUUUGUCACAAUAUACCUUAACCCUGUUGUGUGUUUUUUGUGUUGUUUAAGGUAAACAAAAAAUGUAUGGAACAAAAAGCAAAAUAGACCUUGCAUUUGAAUACCAAUCUCAAAUAUCAGUAUUGAGGCCUAGUAUUCAUUCAAGAAGAGCAAAUAUAACUGUGAAAUUUCAAGACCUUUACGGAUUUACGGUUGAAGGGAAUGUGGAUGAUGUGAAUGUGUUGAAUGAGGUAAGGGAAAAGGUGAGACAACAAGGUAGAGUUUGGUGGGCAUUGGAGGCCAGUAAAGGUGUUAAUUGGUAUCUUCAUACAACCAUAGGACAAGGGAGUGCCCUUACAUCUUCGUUGAAGUUUUCGGCAUUGGCUAAUGCUAUUACUUUGAAGAAGUUGAUUAGGAAAGGGAUACCACCGGUUCUUAGGCCUAAGGUUUGGUUUUCGUUGUCCGGUGCUGCGAAGAAAAAGUCCACGGUUCCUGAUAGUUAUUAUGAUGAUUUGACAAAAGCUGUGGAGGGGAAGGUUACCCCUGCUACUAGACAGAUAGAUCAUGACCUACCGCGAACCUUCCCUGGUCACGCAUGGCUGGACACACCUGAGGGGCAUGCUGCUCUUAGGCGUGUUCUUGUUGCAUAUUCUUUCCGUGACUCUGAUGUUGGGUAUUGUCAGGGUUUGAAUUAUGUUGCAGCAUUGUUGUUGCUGGUCAUGAAAACCGAAGAAGAUGCAUUUUGGAUGCUUGCUGUCUUGUUGGAAAAUGUCCUGGUUAGCGACUGUUACACAAACAACUUAUCAGGAUGCCAUGUUGAGCAAAGAGUGUUCAAAGACUUACUCACUAAAAAGUGCCCAAGGAUUGCGACUCAUUUGGAUUCUUUGGAAUUUGACGUUUCCCUUGUUACCACCGAGUGGUUCCUGUGCCUGUUUUCAAAGAGUCUACCGUCAGAGACAACGCUGCGAGUAUGGGAUGUUAUUUUCUACGAGGGGGCUAAGGUUAUAUUCAAUGUGGCCUUGGCAAUUUUUAAGAUGAAGGAAGAUCAAUUACUUCUAACCCAUCAUGUUGGGGAAGCAAUCAAUAUUCUGCAUCAAACCACUCAUCACCUAUUUGAUCCAGAUGAUUUACUAACCGUGGCAUUUGAUAAGAUAGGUUCGAUGACAACAAAUACAAUAUCGAAAGAAAGGAAGAAACAGGAACCUGAAGUCAUGAAGGAGCUUGAUCAAAGGAUAAGAAAGCUAAAUUCCCUUAAAGUGGAUGACAAAUAGCCCUUUGAUUUUGUCUUGAUUUUAUUUUUUUGUUUCUUUUGAGACAUUGAAAUGUCUAGUUUUAAUAUGAAAUGUUUCAGAACCAUCGAUCAUCUAAGUGAUCGUCCUAAGUACGGUCUGCUUCGACGAGCAAAACCUUGAAUCUGUGGAAUCCUUUAUAUCCUCCUCAGGGCAUCAUGGUAUGCCUGAUAUGAGAGCCCUGGUGUUUUUCAGGAUGUUUGUAGGUGAUAUAUAAGUGUAAAUUUGAAUAUGAAAACAUUAUAAAUUAUUAAUUAAUUUUAUAAUGUGAAUUAUCAUUAAAUUUUAGCA